AUGGUGGAACCUCGGGUUACGAAGGCCUAUCAUCACGAACAAUUUCUUCCGAACAAAGAAGUCCCGGGAGACGAACGUCGUCUUAAGCGCCAAACACGCAAGCUGACGACAACGUGGACGGUUGUAGAGGAAAUGCUUUUAGUGGGAGAGGAACAUGAUUUUGUAGCCCUGUUGACGAAGUCCAACUUCCUUCUAUCUAUCUAUCUAUCUAUCUAUCUAUCUAUCUAUUUCACUCUAAUCUAUCUAUCUAUCUAUCUAUCUAUCUAUUUUCCCCUUUUCUUUCCUUUUAAGCUUCUUUCUCUCCUUUUGUCUCUGGUUGGUCUCUUUUUCUAUCUAUAUUCUCUUUAUGUCUUUCUCCUAAGCUCUUUCCUUUCGUUUUACUCUCUCUUUUUGUCUUCUCUCUUUAUUCUCUCUCUUACCUUCUUAUUCUCGUCUCUUUCUCCAUAUAUCCUUUUCUUUUCUCUCUAUUUUCUAUUUUCUUGCACAUUACUUUUUCCUCUUUUUCUCCUAAGCUCUUCUUUCUCUUUGAUUCUUGGCAUACCUUUCUUUGCUUUCACAUUACUUAAAUUCUUUCUUUCUUUCUUUUAUUCAAAAUUACACCCUCUCUCAUUCCCUUUGUUUUUCUAUCGUUUUUUUUUUCACCAUUCUUUUUUUCGUUCACAUUUUUCUCUGUCGGUUUAUUUACCCUGUUUCUUUUCUUACCUUCUAUUCAUUCCUUCUUGCUACAACUUUCUUCAUAUUUCGUUUUUCUUAAACAUCUUUUGUCUUCCUCUCAAAAGUACUCCCACGUAUUUACUGUUGCUUCUUCUGUUGUACUCUCUCGGCCAAAAGUUUCGUUUAUUCUCGCCAUUUUCUCUUUACGCCUUCUUUCUCUUUGGAUGUUAUACACUUUUAUUUCUUACAACUAAUUUCUUUCGCCUAUUCUUUUGGUUUAUUGCUUUUUUUCUUCCUUUUAUUUUUAAAAGAUUAUUUAAUAUAUACUUCAGUUCUGAUUUACUUAUUGCUUUGGCUUCCAAAGUUGUAUAUAUACUUCUUGGCUUUUUACACAUAAAUUUACUAUUUUAUUUUUGUCUACGGUUAAUCAUUUCUUUCUUUCUUUCUUUCUUUCUUUCUUUCUUUCUUUCUUUCUUUCUUUCUUUCUUUCUUUCUUUCUUUCUUUCUUUCUUUCUUUCUUUCUCGACUCUGUCAGCUCCUGGCUAA